UGUCUGUGUCAGUAGCAGAGCUGUAGAGAACCAAGAAGGAAGUAGCAGAGCUGUAGAGAACCAAGAAGGAAGAACAGAGUGGACAGAUAUAUUGGAUCUCUACUCACACGGGUUCUACUAGGAUUCAAAUACUGGAGAAUUGGAAAACAGAAGCCAAGGCUUGACACAGCAGCUCUUUGGUACAGACACUGAGUUUCAUCCUCCACGACUUUGGAAGAUUCUAUGAGAGUUUGGUGUGUUUGUGAGAGAACUCUGCUUCACUAUCAGAGAAAGAGCCUCUGACAGAAGAGGAGGCACCAGAUAAAGAGAGAGGGGAACUUUGGGACGUGAAAAAACAACUGCUUUUCACACGUGCUUUCACACUCAGUGCUCCACACAUGGCUGUUGUCCGUCCGAUGCCCAUGGAGACCCAGGGCUUCCACCAUAUGGCUGUUGUCCGUCAGAUGCCCUUGGAGACCCAGGGCUUCCACCACGUGCUGCCUGCUCACCUGCUCUCCUCGACCAUGGAGGAGUUCCCACAGCAGCUCCCCGUCCCCAAGGGGCCCGCCCGUGGCAAGAGCCGCCCCCGCCGGGCCCGCGAGGCCCGCUUCAAGACCCAGCCCGUCACCUUCGCCGAGAUUGCUGAGGUGGAGGAGGAGGGCGCCUCGCCCCUGGAGGAGGAGAGGGCGCGCCGGUCUUUCCUGCAGUCCCUGGAGAACCUUCGCCGGAGCACGCAGGCGCUCUACUGCCCGACGACCGGCCGCCGCACAGCCACGCCACCACAGCAAAGCCUGGACUCCAGUGACUCUGACACUGCCCAGUGAGGGGCGGAGCCUGAGGAGAAAUAGAACGUGUACGCCGCCUUCCUGGCACUGACACACGCCCCCUUUUCCCUCCAAUAUUUUGCUUCACACGGGGGCCCAAUGAACAGAACUCGACUGAUCUCCAAGCUGCUCCUGUGUAUAUAGAGGCCAUUCUCCUUGAAAAUAUAUGUUUCUACAUACAAAUAUACUGUAUAUUAGCAUAUCGAUAUAAACUGAGUAUACAAAACAUUAAGAACACUUGCUCUUUCCAUGACA